AUGACAAACGAAAUACGCAUUAUUUGUUUACUGUUGACAAUACGCAAUGUUUUUUGUCAAACUUCAGAUGAUGCCAAAAAUCUGUUCACCGAAUUAUUCAAAAAUUACAAUAAACAAGUAAGACCGAUAAACGACCAAUAUGAUGCCAUACGAGUUAUUGUCGAUUUCGAGAUGUCCAGCAUUCAUGCACUUGAUGAAGUGGCAGAAAAAAUAGCUGUUGCGGGUCAUUUGAAUCUGAUAUGGUGGGAUGAACAACUCGUUUGGAAUAGAUCGGCUAACAAUGAUAUCUACGACAUAUUAGUUCUGCAGGAUACGAUUUGGAAACCGGAUAUUGUUUUAAAAAAUGGUUUCCACCAAUUUGAAGAAUUGGGCGGAAGUUUUUAUUAUGUCCGUGUUGAAAACGACGGUCUAGUAUUUUGGUAUCCAUAUCACGUCUUUGAAAGUCAAUGUUCCAUAGAUGUCACUUUUUAUCCAUUUGAUGAGCAGACCUGUCAUAUUAUAUUUACGAUUUGGACAUAUCGAUAUUAUGAAGUUGAAAUAGAUCCUGAUUCAAUAUUUUAUCUUGGAGAUUAUAUAGAGAAUAGCUUAUGGGAAAUGACUUCAACUUCGGUGCAGGUGCAGAGGGUAUUAAGUAGCAGUGAGAUCAUUUUCACAAUUAAUCUACGCCGUAAACCUAUGUAUUACACAGUAAAUAUUAUCAUACCUUUAAUAUUCCUUGGCAUUCUUAAUUCUUUAGUAUUUAUUAUCCCUGCCGAUGCAGGCGAGAAAAUGUCAUAUUCAGUUACUGUGUUUUUGGCGUUCGCGGUAUUUUUAACAAUAAUAACAGCCCAACUGCCCGUCAACUCAGAAAGCACAUCUAUCCUGAGUAUUUACAUCGUGAUUCAACUCAGUUACUGUAUUUUAGUUCUUAUUGUUAAUUCAUUCCAGCUUAGAAUACACCAUAGACAUGAAGGCAACGAAAAAUCUAAAAUAUUUGUUUUUGCUAUUAAACUUCAGAGAAGAAUUUGUUGCUGGAGAAAUAAGAUACAAUAUGAUACAAACGAGAUAGAACGCAUCAACAAUGAAGAUACGAUUGCAAUUGAAAAUGCCACCCCUCAAAGGAAUCACAACGAAGAAGCAAUUAAAUGGCGUGAUCAGAAUUGA